GUACAAAUGUGUGAUUUUGAUCAGGGUUGUCAUAGUUCAAUUAGUACACGUGUCAGAAUCUGGAUUGCUGGCGUACUUGGUUUACAUGCAUCGGAUUCGUCUAGCCUAUUUAUAUGCAGAACAGUGGAUUAGAAGCAAAGCAAAUUCCGUGAGCCAAAGUGUUCGAUUCUGCUGUCGUUUGGCGCUUUUCGUUUUUCUUUCCGGUAAAGACGAUGGGAUUCUCUGGGGUUCGAUUUAUUAUGGUUCUUGCUUUGUUGGCAGCCACGUGUAUGGCUCAGGCGCCGGCACCAGCACCGGCUCAGGGUCCUUCACAGCCUCUACCACCGGCACCAGCCACGCCGGCUCCUUCUCUGACUCCGGCGUCGCCCACACCCGCUCUGGAGACUAGUGCGCCUACUCCAGCUCCAACUACUUCUGGGUCUCCAGCCGGUGGUCCUGUUGUGCCACGUGUCGGUUCUCCUCCUUCAUCAGCGCCGGAAGGACCGCCAGCAGACAAACCAACCGGAGCAGCAUCGCAGAUCGGCGGAGCGGGUACGUUGGGGAUGGCUGUGGCUGGAAGCCUGUUGGCAGUGAUGUUAGCAGCGUAGAGGUGAUGGGAUUAUUUGAGGAUUCUUUUGUUGUUGUGAUGACCUCAUAAAUUCACUUAAAUUAAGGAGAAAUGAAUCGUUUGUACAUCGGAUUUGAGAUGAUGAAUAAGAGUUUCAUUCUUUCUGUGUG